GCCAGUUAAAAGCUAGCUAGUUGGAGUCUGUGUGUGUACUUCCGUUUAUACCUCUGCGCGGUAAAGCAACGCACGAGUUGAAAAUAUUAAACGCAUGCGGUACACAGAAACGCACCGCAGCCUAGUGCGGCACCCUUCAAUGUAGCGUUGCGGACUUCUCCGUUGACAAUGAAUGACACUCCGUUGACAAUGAAUGACACUGCAUUCGGUGGACGUGAGGCGUAACAGGCAGUUAACGCCCUGGACCGGAGCUAGAAGGAUCUCUAUAACGGUUUGACGUUUUUUUGUGAUGUGGGCGUCAACAUAGAACGGCACGCGUUUAUUAUAUGACACAGUUAUCAAUUUCCGUUCCGUGUCGCGACCAAAUCAUCUCGGACGCAGUAGUCGGUUUAUUCUCUUGAUUUUCUUCCAGUGGUGAGUCUAGAAGAUGAAGAAGAAGCUCUCCUGAACUGAAUGGAUGAAACGCAGCGUUGCUUGGCUACAAGGCAGGGACAGAGGAUGUCUAUUUUAGAAAAGCUUCGGUUACCCAUGAUUAGGUAAAGACAAUGUUACAGCAAUAACUGAAGGGUGCUUGUCCAGCCCUAGGUUUAACACGGGAGUGUAGGCUAUUGACGUAAUCAUUUCUGUUAUUUUGUAAAUAAACAUUGACACGCAGUGGAAGUAGCCUUUAGUGUCACAGCGUUGUGUUUAGGAAACAGCUACAGUAGAUAUAGCCUGUAGCCAACACCCACCCCAUCCCAUCCCAUUCCCGCCUAGUUUUAAACCCGAACAUAACCACAACAGAAGCGAACUAAACUGAACUGACCCGAAAGGAAGCGAACCGAACGGAAUCAUGCCGUGUACGUGUGGGAACUGGAGACGGUGGAUUAGGCCUCUCGUGGUGUGUCUUUACGUAGCCCUGCUGCUCGUUGUUCUACCGCUGUGUGUCUGGGAACUACAGAAGUCGGAGGUGGGGACCCACAGUAAAGCCUGGUUCAUAGCUGGAGUGUUUGUGUUCAUGACCAUCCCUAUCUCUCUGUGGGGCAUCCUGCAGCACCUGGUACACUACACACAGCCGGAGCUACAGAAACCUAUUAUCAGGAUCCUAUGGAUGGUACCCAUCUACAGUCUGGACAGUUGGAUCGCGCUGCGCUACCCCAGGAUAGCCAUCUACGUAGACACGUGUAGAGAGUGUUACGAGGCAUACGUCAUUUACAACUUCCUCAUCUUCCUGUUAAACUACCUCUCUAACCAGUACCCCAGUUUGGUGUUGAUGCUAGAGGUUCAGGAACAACAGAGACAUCUACCACCUCUAUGCUGCUGUCCACCCUGGGCUAUGGGAGAGGUGUUGUUGUUCCGCUGUAAACUGGGGGUUCUACAGUACACCGUCGUCAGGCCCGUAACUACGGUGAUAGCACUUGUCUGUCAGUUGUGUGGUGUGUAUGAUGAGGGAAACUUCAGCAAUAGGAACGCCUGGACCUACCUGGUCAUAGUCAACAAUAUCUCUCAACUGUUUGCCAUGUAUUGCCUGGUGCUCCUGUAUAAGGCCUUGAAGGAGGAACUGAGUCAGAUUAGACCUGUUGGGAAGUUCCUCUGUGUUAAAAUGGUCGUCUUUGUCUCCUUCUGGCAGGCAGUGUUGAUAGCUAUACUGGUGAAGGUCGGAGUGAUCUCUGAUAAACACACCUGGGACUGGGACAGUGUUGAGGCUGUAGCCACCGGACUACAGGACUUUAUCAUCUGUGUAGAGAUGUUUCUAGCAGCUAUAGCCCACCACUACUCCUUCACCUAUGAACCCUACAUACUGGAGGCAGAGGAGGGAAGCUGUUUUGACUCGUUCAUGGCGAUGUGGGACGUGUCUGACAUCAGAGCAGACAUCUCAGAGCAGGUCCAACACGUAGGUCGGACGGUCCUGGGCAGACCCAAUAAGAUGUACUUUGGCUCCACUGGCCGUCCUGAACACACUGAACACACAGGUCUCCUGUUGGCCGCGUCCCAGGGGGGGUCAGAGCAAGACAUCAUCGUCACGGAAACAGUCUCGGUCCCCACCUCCCCUCUGUCGGGUCACUACCAGGGGCUAGGCCACACCCACACGUCACGAGGCCACACCCCAAAGCCACACUCUUACUCCGCCCCCGCCGGGUUCACUUCUUCUGAUUGGGACGAGGACAGCGAGGAGAAACAAUCGGAGACUGGUGCAGAGGCUUCGCCCACUGCCGACAUCAGUGGCGCCCUCGUUGAAAUCACUGGUCUCACUUCUGCUGACAUCACUGCGAGUGGUGACUUCAUUAGUGACAUCUCUGAUGGUGACCUGAUUGGCGACGCCCCCAGUGACAUCAGUGCUGACGUCCCUCGUGACAUUGUUGGUGACAUUACUGGUGACAUCACUGGUCACGAGCUCAUUGACAUCAGUAGCGAAGUCCCCGGUGAAAUGAGUGGUGACUUUACUGGUGACAUCACUAGUAACAUUACUUUUAGCACGUAGGAGGCGUGUUCUUGGUCUAGAGUGUGUUCCUUCCUGUUUUCGUGUGUCCUCCCCUUCACCCUGACUGGCUGAGACAAGCUGGCUUACACCAAACCAAUGUUUUUAAAGCUAGUGAGUGAGUUUCUGAAGGGGGAGUGAGCAAGUGCACAAUUCAGAAAGAAGGGUCGAAAAUCAGAACCAAGGAGAGUUUGGACACAGAAGAAGCCAUGUUGGUGUUGUAUUUUCCGUACCAUAACGAUAGAUUAAUUAUAAAUAACUGGAUAAAUUAUGUUUAUAAAACACUAAUGUCAAGUUUGACAUACUAAUGUGAUGUAAUUCUGUUUCGUUACUAUAAUUACUAUUGUUUUAAUAUUUUUUGAAUUAACCAUUUUUGAAUAACAAUGCCAUUUUAUUGUUGACAGUAUUUUGUCGUUAUCCGUUUCAUUCAUUUAAUAUACACUACCGUUCAAAAGUUUGGUGUCACUUAGACAUUUUUUGUCCAUUAAAAUAACAGUGUA